UCUCUACUAAACGUACACGCUUCUCUCUCUCGCUCUCUCUAAAUUCCCCUUUUCCUUCGCUCUUUUGAACUCGAUCGACAGAAGAAUCCAUUUCCAUCCUAUUUUUCCAUUUUCCUCUUCAAAUAAGAUUUUUUAGCGCACAAAUUCCACUCCCACGAGGAUUAAAUCCAUCUCUGUCGAUUGUGUUCUCCACGGAGCAAAAAUUUAUUUUUUUCUUUUAUCCUUUAAAUUUCCUUUUCCCCCUCUAAAUUCGUGAUUCUGUGAGAGUUCAGAUUUGCCAUAUAAUUUUUGUUUUAUAAAUAAUUGCACUGGAAGUUUGUUGAUUUUUUUGCAUACGAAGUUUCUUUGAUUUGCAGCUGAAGAUAUUUUAGGGUUCUGUACAAGAAAAACUCUGUGAAAUUUUUGGUGCUUUGUUUUAGUUUGUCAUUAAAAAUCGAGGGUUUCUUGUCUGAAUGGUCUAGAUAUUUAAUCCACGAGAAAGGUUUAAAAAAAUAAUAAUAAUAAUUAUAAUAAUAAUCGGGGGUUUUGCUGUUGAACGUACUACUCUUUUUCAUUCUUUUAUUUAGGUUUAUCUGGAAAAGAGAUAGAAGAUAUAAAAUCUGAGAUGGCAUUGAACUAUUCACAUCGGUCAAUAUUUCCUUCACAUAUUGGUGAGGAUAGUAUGGUGUCGCCCAUGAGGAUUGUGAAUGGGGACGGUUUUGCGAGGACUAGGCAUGGGAGCCGAGGGGAAACCGAGGAGCGAAAUUACGGGAGGGACAGAGUUGACCGGUGCAGUUCACCUGAGUCAGCUACAAAUGAUCUAGCCAACCUCUUGCCUUCCGAUCCAUUUGGGAUGGAUAUAGAAACUACUUUCACAGCCAUCACAGGAUGGCUCGAGGAUUUAGAUGUCAAUUACAGAGGAUAUGUAAGGAAAAAUGAUUAUGCAUCCAGUCAAGAUGACUGUGAUUGUUUUGCGCAGUGGAAUUUGAUUUGGAAAAGUGCCUCGAAAUUCCAAUCUCUAUCUAGGAACGUUCAGUUUGACAAACUGAAUAUGGAUAUUCCAUCUAUUCCGAACAGUCUUCAGGGAGAUAAGUGUAUCCAGUCAUCUCCAGACAAUGCUCAUUUAGAUGAGAAACUGAAAAUGGGUAAUGUGAUAAAUCGGUGUAGUGAGGAGCGAGAGUCGACCAGAUAUAAUUUCGGAUUUGAACCUUCCAGUAAUACGGGGGGCAUUGUGGGCUUUGGCAGUGAGAGUACUAGCGGCAGCUCUGGGCAGCAAUUUAGAGAGGAAGCUGAGGUUGCUGAAAGUUUUGCCAAGGAGGAAGUACCCCAUGAAGCUUUAGGCUUCGCUCUUAGUUAUCUGGGAGUCAAGGACCUUCUGUCUGUGGAAAGGGUUUGCAGGUCUUUGUGUUCAGCAGUCCAAGGCGAUCCCUUGUUGUGGAGGACUAUCAACAUUGAGCAGCCGCUGAACGAGAGGAUCACAGAUGAUGUGCUGCUGCAAUUGGCUACCAGAGCUCAAGGUAAUCUCCAAUCCCUGAGCUUGGUAGAGUGUCCAAGGAUCACAGAUGAUGGUUUGAGGCGUGUGCUUGAAACUAAUCCACGGUUGACUAAGCUGUGUGUUCCUGGAUGUACAAGGCUUACUAUUGAAGGUAUCCUAAAUAAUCUCAAGACUUUCAACUCAGAUAAAGGUGUCCAAGGUAUAAAGCACCUGAGAAUUGGAGGGCUAUAUGGGGUGACACGUGAACAUUUUGAAGAGUUGAAGCUGUUACUGGGGGCUGAUAACGACAAGCUCCAAAAGCCUCACAAACCACACUUCUAUCAUCGGGAUAAUUUUUAUCUUCUGUCAAAUGAUGAUCGUGCAAUUGAUAUUGAAAUGUGCCCGAGAUGUGAAAAACUGAGGCUGCUUUAUGACUGUACAGCCAAGAGCUGUCAGGUUGAAGAUAAUGCGGCUCAAGUCUGCAGGGCAUGCACACUUUGUAUAUCGAGGUGUGUGCAGUGUGGCCGGUGCGUUAACAAUACUGAAUAUGAAGAAAAUUUCUGUUUGGAAUUUAUCUGCUCGGACUGUUUUAAACAGCCGGAUAUGUACUGAGAUAAACUGGGCAAAAAUGUUGAUUCCUCCAAGUAUGGCACUGCAUAGGUGCCAAGUUCUAAUUCCAGUCUUCAUGGGCAGGGGAUGUUGCUUAUACUUUUAGGUUGGAAUUCUGCCCGUCAGAGAAGAAAGUCUGGAAGGCCAUUGGAUCUUGCAUCCAAGAGCAAGGAGGCUAAAAAAAAAAAAGGAAAAAAUCGUAAAGAAGAAAACAUGGAAAAGAAAAACAGAAAGUGUGCUUUCGUGAAAUUAUUAGAUAUUAGGUGUCAGUGUCAAAUCUUGUACUCUUCACUCGUAUUUCGUUCUCUUCAAAUGGUAUUUUAUCAUUGAUAGUAGGCUGUCAUUUGUGCUUCUGAGAUCCGUGGAUCUUAAACAUUAUGUUAUUAUCAGUGUGAAGGUUGUUUCUCGCCCUUCAAAGUUCAGGCCAUCAAUUUAUUUGGUGACAUUGGUUGAAAGAUACGAGUCUUGAGUCCGAAUGUUUAUUCUGUGCUUAUGAUGGAUGACGGGCAGGUUCUUAUUUGUGGAUAUGAUAGCGUUUUGAUGAUCGGAAGCUUUGUUGAAAUUGGAAACUUUUUGCUGCAUCUUUCCUGCUUCUAGAUUAUGGGAUGUCUAAUCAUCGUUUCAACUGGAGAAUGCUGCUCUAUGUGCUGCGUUCUAUGUUUCGUUAUAUUCUGAUUUGAUUGUGAAGUGACAUUUAUAUAUUAUAUACGGAUACAGAUGUUUGUCA